AUGGGAUUAGUCGCCGCCGCCGUUCCAGUUUUCGACGCCCUCGCCCCCGUUCGCCUCUUGCCCUUCUCGCCCAUUAUUGCCCUGCUCUGCUCGGCUGCUCCUGCCGAGGACCCAGGCCUGCUUCAGUGCUUCUUCGCAUCUCCUGGCUCGGUGGCUCCUGCAGUCCUGCUCUCAGUCCUGCCUGCUCUUGAUUCUCGAUCAGGGAUCAGUCGAUCUGAUUCACAUAUUCAGGCAGCAGCUAUGAAGAGAAAAGCUGGGCCAAACACCAUUAAGAUUAAUGCCUUUUUUAAGCCGGUUGCUUCAAGUUCUCAACCUACUGAAAUUGUUAGUGAGGCGGAUGUGCAAGUUACAAAUCCGAGUCCAGUUAACGCUUCUGAUCAGGAUAUGCCGGACGUGGUAAAUGUUGCAGAACAAGCAGAAGUUAUAACCACACCUUAUCAGAGAGACCCCGGGUUUUAG